GGGGUGGAGCGGGGCGGCUGCGGCUGCGGGCUUACGACGAUAACGAAGGGGUCAACUAGGGAACAACGAUAAGACCAGACCUCCCAAACCCCGAACGAAUUAGCCCAGGACACCAAACGUCGCAAGAACAAAAAUAACAAAAACAACACACACAACACGAACAAACACUCAACAACACCAAAUCCUCCGAAAUCAAACACCACCCACCACAGGCUCACUUCCAACCACCCAGAGACCACCACAAACCCUACAAUGGUCACGCAACCACAAUGAUCGACCCAUCCCUCCGCCUCCGCCGCGCAAUCCACACACACUCCCUCCCCAUCACCCGGCGCAUCCUCUCCACACACCCGCACCUCCUCCAAAACCCCGACCUCACCCCCUCCCCCCCCGGCCUCUCCAACACCUCCCUCCACCUCGCCGCCUCCCUCCCCUCCCUCCCCAUAACCCAGCUCCUCCUCUCCCUGCGCCACGAAGCGGGCGGGAUAAGCCUGAAUACCCUCCACCAGACACCGCUCAUGCUUGCUGCGGCGAAGGGACACGCGGAGAUCAUGCAUGUCCUCCUCGAAUCUAAGGACGCGGGGGGGAUAGGGAGGCGGGAUAGUCGUGGUCGCGACGCUUUGAUGCUCGCCGCUGCGAACGGAUUCGAUACUUGCGUACAACUCCUGCUCACCCACGCCCCUCCCCCCACAGCGGCGGAAUUGGCAGCAGACCCCCACCUCACUCCCGCCAGGGCGCUACUGCGGGCACAAGACGCGGACGGCAACACGGCGCUUCAUUUCGCGAGUGCGAAUGGGCAGUUAUUGGUGCUGAGGAUGCUGGUGGCGGUAGGGGCGGAGCAUGAGAGAAGGAAUGCGUGGAGUUGGACGGCGGUGAGUUAUAGCGCGACGGUGGCGGCGGAGGUGUAUUUUAGGGCGCUGGUGAGGGAGAGGGAGGAGAGGGAGGAGAGGGAGGAGAGGGAGGGGAGGGAGGGGAGGGAGGGGAGGCGGGGGGGGGGUUGGGGAUUAAGGGGAUGA